CGCAGACAACAUGUAAAAAACACCAUCAACCGCCGCAACCGCCACCGCGACCGUCCACCAUGUCCAAGCAGUCGAACCCUUCCGGCUUCCCCGAAGACGACAUCAUCAACCCUAAGCUAAACGUCUCCUGCCUCGACUUCCUCCUCAUCGAACUCGUCCCGCUCGCCCAGCGCAUCACCGACCAGCUCCACGCGCGAGAACAAGCUCUCAUAGAAGAGUUUCGUAAGAGCAAGAUUCUCAAUAAUGCCUCUGCAUCGACAACACCAGCAGCUGCUGCUGCUGCACCAGCGUCUAGUAGUGCGACGCACCAACAACAAGGACAACAACAACAACAACUUCUCACACCAGCCGCGUCUACCACCACGCCUGCAGCAGCAGCCACAAUAGAAAGAAGCGCACCAGCAACAACAACAACAACCUCUAUAGCGACCGGCGCAGCAAACACCACCACAUCCCACAUGGACAAUGACGAAACGCGCGAAGCCGUCUUUUGGCGUUUAGAUGGUCUCGGAUAUCGUGUUGGACAAGGCCUUGUAGAGCGCCACAGUAUCCUCAAACCCCGUCCUCAAACACCCUUGGACGCCAUCAAAUUCAUCUGUAAAGAUCUCUGGACGAUUCUCUUUCGGAAACAAAUCGACAAUUUGAAGACGAAUCAUCGAGGAGUCUUUGUCUUGACGGAUGCGAGAUUUCAACCCAUGAGUCGCAUGUCGGUCGAUCGGAGAGCUGGACCGAAAGCGGGAGAGGAAGCGUUACGGAGGGCUUAUACGUACCUCUAUUUUCCUUGUGGUGUGAUCCGAGGAGCUUUGCAAGGAUUGGGAUUGGAUGUGACUGUCACUGCGGAAACAACAGAAAUUCCCUCGGCCACGUUUCAGAUCAAGACCAAGGGCGCCAAGCCAUGAUGGAUGAUGGAUGAUGGAAAGGAGAUGAUGAUGAUGAUGAUGACUGCAAAAAGACGACUGCCGUGACUGUGCUGCAGAAGCACGCGGGCGGAGACGGAAAAGAGGGUGGAACAACCACACGAGUCCUCCCUGAAAACUCGGAGCAAUGAGCGUGUCAAAAUGGCAGCUUUUGGGGGUCUCUGAAACCUCACUACAGUAUACCUUAUGCACCACCACUGUCUCUGUACGUCAUGUACGUGCUCGGGCUGUGUCUGAUCUCGUGCUAUCGUGUCCUGGCAUCAGGCUCGUGAAAAUCAAUCAUGCUAUCCACCCUUUACGACUUUGCGGGUGGGUUGGCGACAAAGUCGAUACCCUUCUCAAUGUUGCCCUUGAGUCCCUCGUAACACUUCGUCAGAAGCUUCUUCUCGUACUCAUUGGCAGCCUUGACAAUGUUGACGGCCUUUGCGGCACCAUCCUUGCCCAGCUCCACUGGCACGGAGAAGAAUUCCAGGCCCGUCUCCUUCACAAUCUCGUCACCACCUGCCACACCGGGAAGGUAGACAAAGGUGGGCUCGACGAUACCAGACUCGCCC